UAAAAAAAAAAAUUGAAAGAAAAAUUCUGCCGAACUUUUCGAUCGUAGCAUAACAGUUGGUAGAUCAAAUUUUUACUAGAUCAAACUCCAAUUUCAUAAAUAAGUUUCCCACGCUCCAUUUCGCAAUUAUUAUUUUUUUAAAGACCCAAUCCCUAAAACCCCGGGUAAUGGGCUGUCAACUCUGCCUUCUACCAUUUCUAAAUGUUCAUCAUGCAUUGCAUACCAACUCUUUUCGGACAAAAAUCUUGUGCUAAAUCUAACUACCGUCUCAAGCCCAAACCCAUUUUAGUUCUGUUUCACACCGAUAGUACUGGCGUUCGUACUAGCGUCAUUUACAUGUCACGCUCUCUUGUGUAUAUCAGCUGUUCGACAAAAUGCCCCAGCCAAACGACUGUCAUGUCUUAGCUAUGGAAACAAAGAAUCUGGAUAUUCUUCCUGUUAAAAGACAUAAGGCGUCGAAGAAAUCCGGUGGUGCCGUUGACAGAAUCAGUAAUUUGCCUGACGCAAUCCUUCACCUGAUACUCUCGUUUCUGCAAACUAUUGAUGCCGUCAAGACUAGUGUGUUGUCUAAGCGAUGGAGGUACUUGUGGACCUCACUGGGUUACCUUGAAUUUGAUCACUGUUAUUUUUGGUCACGUCAUAUUAAAUUCUGGUAUCAACGUGAGUUCAGCGAGAAAUUCACCAACUUUGUAACCUGUGUUUUGUCUUUUAGAGAUGGAAGUGACAUUAAGAGGUUCCGUCUCUCUAGUUUUAAUUUCUGCAAUAAAUGGGUCGAUAAGUGGAUUGAUGUUGUGAUAAGCCAUAAUGUUCGUGAGCUUGAUUUGUCUUUAUGCCCUGAAGGAGCAUUCCUGUUGCCUCAUAGUAUCGGUUCCUCAAAAUAUUUGACGGCAUUGAAGUUGAACUUAUUUAACCACGUACUUGAAAUCCCCAAAACAAUGGUUUUUAAUAAGCUCACUUCGUUGCAUCUCGUGUCGUUGAGAUUUUCAAAUGAUGGUUUGGCUAGACUACUUUUCUUGGGUUGCCCAGUUCUUGAAAUUUUGGUUUUGCAGAGGUGUGUUUAUGACAAUAUCAAGGUGCUUGAUAUUUAUGCUACAAAGCUGAAGACUUUGACUAUAGAAAAUCUCGAGUUGGAUGAUGCUGGUGAUGAUGGUUUACGGCAGACUGUACUAAAAGUUUUUGCUCCAAACCUUUUAUCUUUCAGGUACAUGGGUCCUGUGGCUCGAGACUAUAUUCUGCAAGAUCCGUUAUGUAUAAUUAAUGUAUAUAUACAUUUGGUGAAUGGUUUUGAAAAAGGAUCUUUAAAAGGACUAGGUUAUCUAAUGUGUAAAUUCAUUGGAGGAUUCUAUAAUGCAGAGGUCAUGAAACUAUCCAUGAUUUUCUUGGAGCUUCUGUGCUCUGUACUUAAUGGACCGGUAUGUAUCCCUGCACCAUUUUGUAAUCUAAAGCUCCUCAAGCUAAAUGCUGGCACUGAUAAACGCCAUCUGCAAGUUAUCAUCCAUUUACUCAAGAACUCACCAAAUCUGAAAGCCCUUCAUAUUGACUUUAUGACAUCUGAUUGGAAGGAUGACUGGCAACCAGAGGAUGAGGCUGUUACAUGUUUGUCGUAUCAUCUCAAGACAGUGGAGAUUAGCAACUUUGAAGGUCAGGAUAAUGGACUUGAAUUCGUAAAGUUCGUACUAGAAAAUGGACUGGUACUUGAAAGGAUAACCAUUACUUGGUCCAUGAAUCUGAAAAAGCCAAUAGAAAUAAUACUGAAGGCAAUGACAAUAAUGACAUUUCCAAGAGCCUCAUCUACUGUUGCAAUAAUAUUUCUUGAGCCAGAACCAUUAGGAAACUCGUUUAUUUAACUCCAUGUGAAUCAAGUUUGUAAUUACCUAAUCAUCAACUGUAGAAACUAUUUAUUAUUGUGGUUAUUAGUUCAUUAUUCUAUUGCCGUAGCUACUUUGAGCAUUGUAGUUGAUCAUACAAUUGAGUUUCUAAACUUUUACUUAAUGCUUAAAAACAAUUAUACAA